CGCCUAUUUUGGGUCGAAAGACUCAUAGCCGCCUCCCGGACUCAUAUCCACCUCCCACUGCCCGUACAGCUCUCGUUCGUAACAGGCGAGAUGGCCAAACGUACUAAGACCGUUCAUGUGUAUCGCAUACGCUUCGCUACAUAAAAAGGUACUACCCUGCGAGCUCCGCGGCUUCAUCCUGUUCCACCCCGCCCGUUUAUCACUCAGCGGGUUCCAAACUCAUCGUCAUGGCGGAUUCUGCUGGUAUUGAGCAUGUCCUCACCGACCUGGCGACGACGACGUCAAACCUGUGUACGGCUCCCAGCGGCGUAGUCGAGGACUAUCGGACAAUAGCUAGCGAGGUGGACCACUUUCACUUUGUCCUCGGCGUCAUCGAGCGAAUUGUGCUGCCCGUUGCGCAGCGGUCACACACGACGCUAGCCUCGUUGAUCUCCAACAAGGUCGGAGCUUACAAGGAAGCCGUCAAGACUUUCAUGAAGACUUUCGAGCAAUAUGACAAGGUGUUCGGACGAGCCUCACAUCCGGGGGAAGGAGGCAUGGUCGCACGCACAUACUGGAAGUUCCACUGGUGGCUUCGGGGCAAAGACAAGACCUCCUUUCUCAGGACUCUGCUACGUGCAGCUUACCUCGACUUGGGUGCGGCUGUCGCCCUGUUGACUCUCCAUGUCACCAGCGGUGUGCCAAACCUAUCAAGGCUGACUGUCUACAAACCACAGACAGGUAACGGUGUCGUACGGGAACGAAAGAGCGCGGCCUCAAUUGAGCUUCAAGGCCUCACUAACGUGCCCCUGGGUGGAGGAUACGUCUCUGGUGGAUCCGGGUAUACAAGAAACGAUCAAGCUUGCCCCAAUACCGCGUUAGCAGCGAGGGUCGCUCGUGGAAUGGGAAAGGAACCCAAUAUCUCCCGGACGCCGAGGUCGGGGUGAUGUAGUGGUCAUUUUAGAGGCGUGUACAGAAGGUACU